UUGGGCGCGCAGUGCGCAGCUGUGGUCUGUGUUUGGUACCCACUGCCAUGCCCAAGCGUAGCUGCCCGUUCGCGGACGCUUCCCCGCUGCAGCUGAAGGUCCAUGUGGGCCCGAGAGAGUUGAGCCGCGGUGUGUUCGCUGAACGCUACUCGCGCGAGGUCUUCGAAAGAACCAAGCAGCUCCUUUUCCAAGGGGCCCAAGCCUAUAGAGAUCACAUAUUGAGCGAAGGCUGUUCCAUCAUCCACCUGCCGGAGUCACUGAAGCCUGGCCUGCCAGGGGCUCCUCAAGCUACAAGGGGACAAAUGUUGAUUGGACCUGAUGGCCGACUGAAGCGGUGCCAAACUCAGGCCUCCUCGGAAGCUGGACUGCCUGGGACAGCACCCAUCGCUUGUUCAUCCUGCGUGAGAUCUGUGGAUGGGAAGGCAGUCUGCAGCGAGUGCUACCGGGCCCUGUGUGGACAAUGUAUAUAUACCUGCUGGGGCUGCGGUGCCUUGGCCUGUAUGCUGUGUGGCCUUGCAGACUAUGCAGAUGUCGGUGAGAAGACGCUUUGCACCAGCUGUGCCAUGAUUGAAGCCUGAUGUGGCCGUGGACAACCAAGAUGCUCACACUGAAGAGCGAGGAGGUGGCUUUUUUAUACAUUAUGUUUUGUACCCCAGUAACAAGUGAAUAAACCUCUUUAUAUUUGCA